AUGUCUCUGUCGGGAGAGACGGAGGUGAGCGGAAAGAAAACCAUAUACUUCAUCAAGCUGAGCGCGCCCUGGGCCGUCCUCUGCCACUACGCCGAGGAACUCAACAUGAGAGCGCCUCUUCAGGAACGUCAUUCAGGCGUAGUAUUCGAGCUGCUGCAGCACCUUCAGCCGAACAUUUCUGCGCACAACAACCCCUCGACCAACUGGUCCGAGGUCCUGCUCGAGAAGCUCCGGCUGCCCAACCUGAUGGCCGAGGACGUGCCCAAUAAGCCCCUGGACUACUUCACGUGCGCCUUCAAGAAGUCCAAGAUAGACAGAAAAGUCAUAACCAAGUUCUUAGGCAGCGACAACCCCGACCAGUACUUUACCAACACCCAGCGCUCGAGGAUCGUCCACGAGGUGCUCUCGACAGCGCCCUUCGGGAAGGUCAAGAAGGGCGAGAUUGGCAUCGAGCGACUCGUGGAGGAGGGGAUAUACAGCGCCGCCUUUCCUCUGCAUGAUGUGAGGACCGUACGAGUAUCCUGAGGGCUGCCGCGACCCCACGACCUGAACCCCCGCCAGGUGCUGUACCACUACUGGGCUCGGUGGGGCAAGUGGCACAAGUACCAGCCGCUGGACCACAUCCGGGAGUACUUUGGCGAGAAGAUUGGCAUCUACUUCGCUUGGCUCGGCCUAUACACGGGAUGGCUGUUGCCGGCAGCGGUGGUCGGCCUCCUCGUAUUCCUAUACGGCGUCCUCACCAUCAACUACAACACGCCUGCCAACGAGAUCUGCAACGAGCGAGGCCAGUUCAAGAUGUGCCCGCUCUGCAACGUGAGUUUUGGGUGCCAGUUUUGGGACCUGAACGAUAUCUGCUUCUACGCUCGGAUAUCCUACCUGUUCGAUCACCCGGGCACCGUUUUCUAUGCCAUCUUCGUGUCCUUCUGGGCCGUGUCCUUCCUGGAGUACUGGAAGAGAAAGAGUGCCUCCCUCGCCCACCACUGGGACUGCCUGGACUUCCAGGAGGAGGAGGAGCGGCCGCGGCCCGAGUUCGCGGCCAAGGCUCCCCUGCAGGAGAGGAACCCCAUCACGGGCGUGCGGGAGCCCUCCUUCCCCAAGUCCAUCAGGACGAAGAGGAUCAUGGCGGGCGUCGGCCUCAUCUUCAUCAUGAUGAGUCUUGUGAUUAUCUUCAUUGUAGCUGUUAUCAUUUAUCGUGUAUUGGUGUCUAUUCCACUCUUCCGAAAUGAUACUCUCAGAUCACAGGCGCAAGCUAUAUCGUCUUUAUCAGGCGCAGUCGUCAACUUCAUCAUCAUCAUGUGCAUGGGACGAGUCUACGAGAAGCUGGCAUACAGGCUCACCACCUGGGAGAUGCACCGGACGCAGACGGAGUUCGAGGACAACUUCACCUUCAAAGUCUUCAUAUUCCAGUUCGUCAAUUUCUAUUCGUCCAUCUUCUACAUCGCCUUUUUCAAGGGUCGCUUCGUGGGCUUCCCGGGGCACUACCAUCGCAUCCUGGGCCUUCGCAACGAGGACUGCUCAGCAGGUGGAUGCCUGAUCGAACUGGCUCAGCAGCUGGCCGUCAUAAUGAUAGGUAAACAGGUGGUGAAUAAUGCCCAGGAGAUUCUUGUGCCCAAAAUGAAAGCCUGGUGGCACAAGAAACAGGUGAAACUGAGCCACAAAGCAAGGACCAGGUGGGAGGCAGACUACCAGCUGAUUGACAACGAAGGCUUAUUCCAGGAGUACCUCGAGAUGGUCCUCCAGUUCGGCUUCAUCACCAUCUUCGUGGCGGCCUUUCCGCUGGCGCCGCUCUUCGCGCUGCUCAACAACUGGGUGGAGAUCCGUCUGGACGCGCAGAAGUUCGUGUGCGAGACCCGCCGCGCUGUGUCCGAGCGCGCGCAGAACAUCGGCAUCUGGUUCACCAUCUUGGACUUCAUGGCGCACUUGGCUGUCAUAAGCAAUGCUUUCCUGAUCGCCUUCACAUCGGAAUUCCUGCCGCGGUUGCUCUACAAGUACGAGUACGACUGGUCCCUCAGCGGCUACGUCAACUUCACGCUCGCGACGGCGCCCAACGACACGCUCAACGAGGAGUGCAGGUACCGAGGCUACCGAGACGUGCACGGGGAUCACACUCCCUUCUUCUGGAGACUGCUGGCGAUUAGGCUCAGCUUCGUCAUCGUCUUCGAGCACGUGGUUUUCGGCAUCUGUCGCCUGAUCGACAUCCUGGUGCCGGACGUGCCCCAGAGCCUCGAGCUGAAGAUGAAGCGCGAGCGGUACCUGGCCAAGCAGGCCCUUGCGGACUCUGACGCCAUCAUGCAGGUCGCUCAGGGCAAAGAGGACGACGACGAGGAAGGCAACGAAAACCACGCCGCCGUGACCGCCAUGCAUGACGCGGGGGAGACGCCCACGUACGCCUACCCGCCCUUGACUCCUUCGUACAACCUGGUUGGCAACUCGUCCCAGGAGGCGCCGGAGCCCGCGGACCCCCCAUAUGUGUUUACCGAGAAGGAGUCCCCGACGGCGCCUUCGUACUCGAGCCAGCGGGAGUCGCCGCCUCUCGCGGGCUACACCAAGAUGGGCGCCUCCAGCCGGCCGUCGUCCUACGCCAACAGCUCGAGCUCGAACACCCCGACCCUCUCGUCGCCGAAUUCGAAGGCAAUGCCGUCUUCGCCCACCAACAGGAGCUCCUCCUCGAAUUCCUCGACCAACAGCAGCCCACCCACGCCCUCCAGAAACAAGCACCGGCUCUCCUCUAGUUCCCACUCGAGGAGGACGUCCUCGCACGCGCCAACAUAACAGGAAACCGCCUCCACCCGUCCCACGAUCGUGUACAAGCAGACGUCAGUGUAAGUCGCUGCUUGACACACGACAGCUUGAGUUCUUCUUUGGUUGAGCACUCGGCGGACCUUCAGUCUGUGAGUUGGAGGAGGCAGACGCAGGUGAAGCCCACGACUCUGGAACAUUUCACAGCAGACCAGUACAUGUGACGUAGCCUUGAGGCCGCAGCCCGUCCGUUGAUAAAUUGGCCUGGCUGACGUUGGCUCAACAAGUUUCCCGCGCACUUUGAGCCAGAAAAGGGACAUCAAGGCUAUAGAUUCUGGAGAUCUACCCUGCGAGAGGUGAAUGGAAGGUGAAGGGAUCCUCCAACACAUAGAUACUUGAGUGCCUUGUUCAUGCUAUGUUUAUGGGUUGAUACGAUUGACGGGUGGAGGCUGGAGAGGGUAGCACGUUGAAUUAUGACACAAUGAUGGAUGAUAGUGGCUUUAGAAAAUUUUUAAAAAAUCAAAUGUGGAUAGCUGCAAAUAGUGGCGUAGUAAAGAGUUUCCUUUGUCCAUCGAUUGAUUUAUAUGUGAAACAAGAUUUAUUUCACGCUAAUCUAUUUUUUCCCGAAAUAAGUUUUAAUGCCCUGGACGCGAAUAAACGUUCCUAAGUGAAAGGCAUUGACGAUAUUUUUGAAAAUAAAUCAUUCGUCACUUCCUUUUUUUUGUAAAUAAAUGAGACCGUCGCA